UAAUAUUUCUUCUUGGAUAACCAGCAAUCAGUUUCUGCGCGACCGUCCAAGUCGCCGGACCGGUUCCAGUGUUCUUAGUUUGUAGAUUUUGAGUGCGGUCCGAAAUGUUGGAAGCGUGGAAGUGGAAGUGCUUAGCUUUGGCCAGCCUGUUAUCAUGUGCUGCCGGAGUGGUCAAUGAUCCUCAAGGGGUGACUCCAGUAAUACGCCCAGAGGAGGACUACUUCCUGCCAAUCACAAUCUUCCCGCAGCACUAUGACCUGAUGAUAAUGCCAAUAUUCGAGGGAGAGACUCCUGUGUUUGUGGGCUCGUCAGUGAUGACAUUCACAGUCAACCAGACAGGAACCUCUUCAGUCACUUUCCACAAGGGACCCAAUCUGAACCUGGUGCAAUCCACUAUCUCAGUCACAGAUAGCAGUAACAGCUCUCUGAGGAUCCUUAAUCGGGUCUAUGAUACUGAGACGCAGAUGUUCAGCCUAUCUCUGGAGAAGGAACUCGAUCCAACAGAGACCUACAAAAUGGCAAUGAUGUUUGAAGGAAAAAUAACCGAGGCUGGGUUCGGCAUGUUCCGGGGAUCCUACGAGUACCAGAAACUCAGAAGGUACUAUGUUGGAACACAACUGAGGCCAGUGUACACCAGAGAGCUUUUCCCAUGCCUGGAUGAACCGAUUUACAAGUCAGUUUUCACCAUCAGAGUUGCCAGACCACAAUCCUAUGUGAGCAGAUCAAACAUGGAGAUCAUCUACUCUAGUGCUGUUGACAAGAAUGGGAGGAUAACUGAUACAUACGCGGACACUCCACUGAUGUCUGCUUACUUGGUUACCAUAUUUGUAUUUGACUUCCAAUCAAUUCGUAGCACCGAUCAGAGGUUUAUUGGAUGGGCAGAGCCGAACAAAAUCACCCAGAUGGAAUUCAGCCAGCAAAUCAGCCCUCGCCUCGUGAACAUAGCUGAGGCAUACUUCGCCUCCCCUUUCCCUCUCCCCAAAAUGGACCAGAUCGCUCUUCCGCAGUUUGUUGUAAUUGCCAUGGAGAACUGGGGAAUCAACACUUAUCGGGAAAUCAAUGUAUUAGCCGACAGCAAUUCACCAACUCGCCAAUUCCAAACUGUUGGUCGAUUCACCGGCCAUGAAGUUCUCCACCAUUGGAUUGGGGAUUUAGUCACAUUGGAAUGGUGGGAUUACCUAUGGAUACAAGAAGCUUUCGCUAUGUACUUCGAAUACUUCUUUCCCAAUGAGAUGGAUCCAACAUGGAGAAUGAUGGACCAGUUCAUAACAGAUCUGCUAGUCGAAGGCCUUCAUGGUGACAAUGCAGACUCGCCCCUCACCAGUCGAGUGGUGACCCCCGCUCAAAUCACUGCCAAAUUCCAAGGAUUAACUUACACCAAAGGUCCUUCGUUGAUAAGGAUGGUAAAUCAUAUAAUAGGAGAGGACGGGUUCAGGAGUGCAUUGCGGGAUCUCAUACAAACAAAGAAAUAUUCGUCUAUGACACCAGCCGAACUGUGGAGUUUCUUCCAGAACUAUGCUCCAGCAGGCGCUGACAUUACAACAACAAUGCCGAGCUGGACUGACCAGGGUGGCUACCCCGUUCUCAUUGCUGUUAGGGACUUGGAGCAACCCAUCAUGAUACAUUUAUGCCAGCACAGUUUUGACAAACUCAAGUCCGGAAACACCCAGCAAAUAGAAGAUGAUAACAUACUGUGGUCUAUGCCAAUAUCCUAUACAACGAAGAAGAGCGACAACUUUGAGAAUACAAGUGCCAGCAGCUGGUUGAACAGGAAAAGAGAGACAAUGAUUAUCAACGAAUACGAUCCAAAUGAAGACUGGUUCAUAUUCAAUGUUCAGUUCACAGGAUACUACAGAGUGAUGUACGACUCUUUCAACCUUGACAAGCUGAUUCGCCAGCUCUGUGUGGACCACACAAAGAUACACAGACUGAACAGAGCUCAACUCAUUGACGACACAUUCAGUUUUGCCGACAACAAAAUCCUUCCUUAUUCAACUGCUUUGCGUCUAGUCACUUACAUCAAGAAAGAAACUGAUUAUGUGCCCUGGCGUGUUGCACUCAGAGGCUUGAAUCAGAUUGCGACUAGAUUUAUGUAUUCGAAUAUUGGACCAUUGGUGAUGAGGUUUGGAAAAGAUCUUGUUCGAGAUAUUUAUGCCACCACUGGCUUCAAUGAUAGAGCUUCAGAUGAACCUCUCACUAAUUUGAAUAGAGAACAGAUUGUUGAGGCGGCGUGCGUUUACAAUGUCGGAGGCUGUAGGGAGACUGCUGUUAAUACAUUUGCCGACUACAUUAAUGGUGUUAUACCUAAAAUUCCGCAAGAUGUUCAAGACACCGUCAGAUGUUAUGCUGCGAAGGAGGGAACUGCUGACAUUCGGAACUACAUGAAAAAUAUCAUUCAAACUACAACCAACAGUCAGAGGAAAUCUGAAGCCAUCAGAGCAUUAGCUUGCAGUCCGCCUAACUACUUGGGGGGUCUAAUCCUGUACCAGCUCCCAACUGCUGACGCCAAAGAAUUUUUCCAAGCCGUCAUCGCUCGUGAAGAAAACUCUUUCUACGCUUUGAAAUUUCUCAUUCAAAAUCUCAGUGAAUUUAUUGGAAGGUUUGGUGUCACUGAUGUCAAUUCCUUUAUUGGACUAAUUUCGAAUAAAAGGUCCCUAUUUGGAAUGUCAGACUUGGUACUGACAAACCUAUCGGCAGCUAGACAGGGAGACGCGAGUCUAGUGAAGACGGCCACUGACAAGCUCUUAGAGAACUUAAACACCAACAUGGGAUGGCUAUCUGAACGGCUGCCAGGAGUUGAAACAUGGUUCAGCACCCUCUACAACGAAGUUCCACUUGAUGCGCCGGUCGAAAUACGUUGCAUUGCUAGCUGAUAAAAGUAGUGCACUGACUGUUAUGAGUGAGAUUGAAAACUAAUUGUGCAAAAGAACAAUUGAUUUACAGUUUUGAUCUUUUUUGUAUUGUUAUUUGAUCUCCAUUUCUAUGAAUUCAAGGAGAACCUAUGAAAAUGAAUAAUUCCCUUUCUGUCAGGGAUUCAAUAGUUCUAGAGUAGAAUAAGUUGAGUCUACUACUGAUAGCUAUUCAUUGACAAAUUCUUGUAAAUUAUUAUUCUCAAGCCAACAAUCAGGGCAUAAAGCCAAUAGGUUAUAAUAUAUGCCUAGGCUAUCAGAAUUGAUCUGAAAAUUAAGCUUCGUUCAACCACUGUACAACCUACAACUAACUUAUAGCCUAUUUAGUAGCGUGCCUAUUUCUAAUAUGUCUAACUAAAAAAUAACACAAAUAUGAAUUUAGUAGAUUGAAUAAGAGACAAUAAUUGUUAGUUUAAGAAAAAAAACAAUGAAUCGAAUUAGAAAUAAUAAUCAAAUUAAUUGUUAGUUUCAUAAAAAAUUGGCAUGAGCCUCUUGAACAAUAGAAGAAUAUAUCUAUUUAUUUCCUAAUGAAUUGAAUAAAAGAUCAUUGUUUGUCUUGAUAAUAACCAUGAGCUUUUCAGCCAGGACAAGGUCAUCAUCAUAAUAUGAUCUACACUU